UGUUAUGCUGGCCACAGAUUCAGAUACGUUUCGUCGAGGUUCAAGAUACUCUGAGUCCAAGUUGAGCGCUUUCGACGUUCGCAACGCAUUUCCGCGCGACGACACCGAAGCUUGCUGAAAUUUUGUCGCAUCUCGCAAAAAGUUUCGUCGAAUCUUUCGAAUUUUCGUCGAAUUUGUUCGCAAAAGGAAAAUCUUAGCAACAUCUAAAACAUUCUAAAAAGAAAUAAGUCCGAAUUUUUUUUAAUUGUAUUUUUCUGUAUGUAUUGUGUGUGUGUCUGUGUGUGUGUGUGGCGUGUCAUUGAGAUUUUUUAUUUGUGCAACAACAACAAAAGUGCCUGCAACUGAGAUACAAAUGAAAUACAAAUAUUUAUGCUCGUAAAACGCAUCUAAAAUUCUAUCUAGUGCCAAAGAGAAAACCUUUUUCACACAACAAAAUCUAAAUAAAUAUAUAACCAAGUAAAACACAAAAAAAAGAGGAAAAACAACAAGAAAAAAAAGGGAAAAUCCAUAGGUUUAAUAAUAGAAUAUUCAAAUUUUGAUUGGUAUUCAAAAAUGCACAACUAAAUGAAAAUCGAAUAGAAUACAUUAACAACCGAAAAGUUGUGUGCAUUUGUUCUCGGUGAGCAUCGCAGCCGUAGCCGUAUCCGUAGCCGUAUCCGUAUCUUUUCCUGUGCUCUGUGGCACUCACUCUCUGUGUGGAUUCUCGCUGUGACGCCUGCGCAGCAAGCAGCAAGUGGCAAGCGGCAAGUGGCAAGCAGCCAGAGUCGGCCCGGAGUGAAAUAAUUCUAAUUGGAUACCAAAACGGACACACAGGACAGGAAACGGAAGUUGGCUGCCAUUUGCAGAGCCACUUGGCCAAGAACCUGUCCAUGGAUUUAUGAGACUGUGCAGCAGAGAGCCGCUCCAUGAGGAGAUCCGUCUGAGGCCACGUCUUCUCUCCGCCUGAGGCGUACAUAUAAAAUGUUUCAACGUCUGCCCGCUGCUGGCGGCGCGGACAUUUACCAGGAUGCUGCCGCCGCCGCCGCCGCCGCCGCCGCCGCCGCCGCUGCCGGCACCACCACGAUGCGCUCCGUGUUCCCCAAUUCCCGCUUGGACUCGCUGGCGGAGAGCCAGCUGCCGGCGCCGCCACCAAUGCCGCCAACGCCCCAGCCAGAUGGAGUCGGAUCCCUCGCUGGCGGGGCCGGGGCUGGGGCCGGGGCCGGGGCUGGUGGAUACAAUCCCUUAGACGACGACUGGUGGGCCAACGCCAUCGAGGUGGACACCUUCGACUCGCCGCUGGCGUUCGAUGCCAGCGAGAAUGGCCUGUGGAAUGGACACUUUGUGCCGCCACCGCCGCGUCCUCCGUUUCUGGAUGAAAGCGUAGCCGCUGAUGGCUUGACCACCUGUGAUCUAUGCACGUGGGCAUGGCAGCGGAAUGCCUACUCACUGGAUGGUUCGAUCGAUAAAGCUGGCGAACUUGGAUGGGCAUUCACCCUAAUCAUAGUUUCAAUCAUAUCGGCUCUUAUAGGUGCUAUUGUAAUGGUCAUAGUUCUAAGAUGUAGAAGAAUUAAAUCAGCGAAUGCCAAUGGUGGCCGCCCGCAGCCCUGGUGGUGUCGCAACAACCGGAAUGGCGGCCAGAAUCGAUCGCCCAUCUCCAUAAAGCACUCGGCGGACAGCAUCCGGCGGCCCACAAGCAACUCUGGCGUCUGGACCUGGCUCGGCGGCAGUCGACGCUCUUCCGCCGGCCCCGACCAGAUCGGCCCGCCAUCCACAUCCCCGGCGGAGAACCACUAUACCCACAUGGAUGAUGCCUACAGUCCGGUGGGCGUCAGCGAGGCCCUCUACGCGGAGCUCGACCGGGAGUCGGUGCGCUCCGCAAAUCCCUCGUACCAGAAUACCGCCUACAGUCAGUGUGGUGAGAAGUACAAUUUCCAGGGACACGAACAGGACAUUCCCAUGGUCGUCUCAUCGGCACCGAGCAGUGCCUACUACUCGGAUCUGUCGGUGACGGCCAUGCCCGGCGGCGGUGGCGGUGGCGGGCCAAGUGGCAGCAAUCAGGGGGCCUACGAAAUCGUUGGACUGAACGUGAUGUCACAGCCGCUGCCGAAUUGGGAUCACCAUGGCGGUGGGGCGAAUGCGGGCGGAGGAGGUGGCAUUGCCACCACGGGAUUGAUGCCAGGAGAUGCGGUAGCAGCGGCGGCGGUGGCAGCGGCCAUGACACAGCGCCGAGCGCCACGAUUGGCGGCCAUCAACGAGACGAGCACCAGUACAGUGCCCUCGGAUUAUGUCUAAGAGAAGAUAGAGAAGAGAUUGGAGGAUGUGGAGGAUGCGGAGGAUGUGAGGGAAAUGAAUGUGAAAUUGUUCAGCGAGCUUAAAAAUGUUAAUAGCAUAUAGGAAUACCGUUAUACACACCCCAUAGCUUGUAAGAGUAUAUACGAUUUAUAUAAGAUUUAUCUAUGGAUACGAUACCAUCUAUCAUCUACCAUUUACCAUUUACCACUUAGUGCUUAGGAGACGACGACUUGUGUCUUUUGGUUUAUAUAUGAUAUGAUAUGAUAUGAUAUGAUACGAUAUAUGAUAUGAUAUGAUAUGAUAUAGGGGAUAUAUUUAUAUGAAUAUACAAGGCAAGAAUGUAUUAUAUAUCUAGUGUUUAUAUAGUCUAUAAGCAACGAUUUAAUCGUGGGUGAUAUUUAGCCUAUAAUAUGCUAUAUUCUUAUGUUCUAUAUGUACUUUAAAGCAUUUUCUAAAAAUGUCAACAUUUUUUCAAUAGCCUUAAGGACGAACAAUGAAGCGAAAAUAGAAGACAGAAGCGAACCGUAUUUCCCCCCAAAAACAAAACAACAUAUAUAUAUAUAUACAUAUAUAUAAACGAUAUAUACCAUAUACGAAUACAAAUACGAAUACAACAAUAUUUAUAUACACACACACACACAACAUAUUUACAGCAAGAAAUACAACCAUUUAGCUCACAGCAAAAAGCAGAUACAGAUCCAGAUGCAGAUGCAGAUGCAGAUAUAUCUAUCUACCUAUCUAUCUAUAAAGAAACAUAUUUACAACGAUUUUAAUGCAACAGAUUUCACAAUAUUUACGCAGUCGUGGGGGAAAUGUGGCAGCAGCAGCAGCAGCACAGUGGCACACACAUCAUAUCAUUUACCACAAUAUUCAAUAUACUAAAUAGCUAUCUAUAUACCGAUAUACACACAGAUCACGAAUCACAGACUCACCUUUAGCAGAGGUCGCGACGUAUUGUAUUUUAGUUUUUACGAAUAGUAGCUCUCCUCUAAUUUAAAAACAAAAUAAAACACACGCAUUUCCUGUACAUUUUUUUUUUUUUAGUUGAAAAUAUAAUUAAACAUAUUAAUGCUAUUUACAUUCUGAAUCCCAAAUAAAAAAUGGAGUUGUUUUUAUGAUA